AUGAAGGAAGUAUUUGUACACCCUGGAACUAAGGUUGAGAUCGUCGACUCUCCCAUCCCUACACCCAAUGACGACCAAGUCCUCAUCAAAGUCAUCGUUUCAGGGAGUAACCCUAAAGAUUGGAAAUUACCUGAGUGGACGAAGCAGCCCCGAAAUGAAGGUGAUGACAUUGCGGGCAUCGUCGAGAAGGUCGGCGCCAAUGUGACCGAGUUCAAGCCCGGAGACCGCGUAGCUGCUUUCCACGAAAUGAUGCAGCCGCACGGCAGCUACGCUGAAUACGCCAUUGCCUGGGCUCAUACAACUUUUCAUAUUCCUAAAAGCACAACUUUUGAAGAGGCCGCCGCAAUCCCGCUCGCCGCAAUGACGGCCGCAGUCGGACUGUACCUGCGCCUAGGACUCCCCGAGCCAUGGCAGCAGCCCGCAACGCCUCCGCCGACGCCCCUGGUCAUCUACGGCGCCGCAUCGGCCGUGGGAUCGUACGCGGUGCAGCUGGCGUCGCGGUCGAACAUCCACCCGCUCAUCUGCGUCGCGGGGCGGGGCGCGGCGCACGUCGAGGCGCUGAUCGACCGGUCCAAGGGCGACACCAUCGUCGACUACCGGCAGGGCGGCGACGCCGUGGUCGAGGGCAUCAAGGCCGCGCUGCCCGCGGGUGGUGCGCAGCAGCUGCUGCACGCGUACGACGCCGUGUCCGACCACGGCAGCUACAUCCAGCUCGGCAAUGUGCUUGCGCCGGGCGGGAAGAUUACUCUCGUGCUGCCCGGCAAGCAGCACGACGCCAAUAUGCCUGCACACGUCGUGCAGACCACCACCAGUGUUGGCGCCGUGCACGACGAUGCCAAGGACUUCGGCUUCGUGUGGUUCAGGCUGUUCGCGAGGGGCCUAAAGGAGGGCUGGUUCAAGCCCCAGCCGCAGGAGGUCGUGCCUGGUGGCUUAGCCGGCGUGCAGACGGCUUUGGAGAACUUGAGGGAUGGGAAGGCAAGUGCGGUCAAGUAUGUCUUCAGGAUUGCAGACACGGUGGGAGCUGGAGAAUCAUAA